AGUUGUUUGGAUCAGUACCUGUCCAGUGUAUGGCAGCAGCUGUGGUCACCACGUCCAUCCGCUCUCCCUCUACUACUACUGAUGAUGCUGAGGAGGAACAACAGGAUGGUAAGAACAGUAGUAGUAGUAAUAACAGCAGAGCCGAAGAAGCAGGAGCAGAUCCGGAUAUUAUAGAUGGCCAGUUUAUUCUGCCUGAUUCCGUUAUAGUCGAGUUCGAAGCGGACGAUGAAGCCACUGAACCUCAAAUCAAAGAGGCCGCUGCCAGACGUGAAAGGAGCCGUAGUUCAAGUCGCCCCCGCAGACGCUCCGGCAUCAGCGCUAGCCCACCACUAUGUCCUCAGAGCAGAUACCUCUUGUGGAGCUGUGUUCGAAGCGACUCUGAGGCGGAACCAUCUCCUGUACUGCAAUAUAGUCGUAAGGAUCCCGAUUCUUCGUCAUCAACUGUUGGUGCCUACAACAUGCCUCCACCAUGGCUUGGCUCUACAAGCGGUAACGCGGCGGCUAGGGAGGCAGUGGAGCUACUCAAGGCUAAACAGAAGUCACGGUCAAAGCAUGCGGUCGACAAAGCUAAUGGUAUUCCCGCACAAGAAGUUGGUGACACAGCAAAUGAGACUCACCAUGCACCGGUGAGUGUGUUGAAGAAUAGGAGGCGGAGACGAGGCCGUCAAGUUCAGCAAGGGGCAGGAGGAAUAGAUGAGCAAGUCGCUCGUGACAACGCUACUAAUGGCGAGAAUAAGAUUAAUACUGACAAUGAACCAACGCCUCGACAGGAGACUCCUGUUGUUGCGGGAGGUGAUACUGAAAAAGCAACUGAGGUAGUUGAGGAGGAGGCGGCCAAGGUUGAAGUAGUUGAAGAAAAGGCAAAGGAAGGAACUCCACUGUUCGACACUUUUACGAUUUGGUACGAUCCUGGGGUGAGCGGCGGCGGCGCUUCAUGCAAGCCAGCUGGACCGCGAGAUUCCGAGGAGUAUACUCGGGGCCUUAUACGUCUGGGUGAUGUUGACACUGUUGAGGGGUUCUGGCAGUUCUGGAACUCCAUCGACCUCAUGAAGUUGCCUAAGUUCAGCACUAUAUCUGUUUUUAAGAAUGGUAUCCAGCCCGCAUGGGAGGACGAACACAAUCAGGAGGGUGGCCGCUGGGUUGUUAAAGGCCUCUGUCGAUCGGAUAGUAAGGAGUACUACUCCACGUGUGUCCUGGCCUUAUUGGGAAAUCUAUUCACGGCUCCUCAGAAGAUGAACGGUAUUGUACUAUCAGUUCGACCCAGGGGCAAUUCCAUAGCUCUCUGGAACACUAUGGUUGACCCCGAGUUGUUCGAGGUCAUAGACUGGGAGCUACGUUCCAUCGCCCCUGAGGACAUGCAAGAAACGGUUGAGGUGGAGUAUAGGGACCACAGAGGAGCUAUAAAUCACAACAUGAGAAAGCUUGGGAGCGGUGCCUCUCACUGGCGGCUGUGCACUGGUAUGGAGAACGCCGUUGGUUCAAUGAUGAUGACACCAUCAUCCAACGAGGAUAUCACAUGUCCCGACACUUUAUACGAUCCUUACACUACGCCCAAGGCGGCUGCCUAUUACCCUCAUGCUGAGUUCAACGCAGAUGCCCCCGAGUUCUGUCCGGGUAGCGCUGGCUGCGGUCAACUGACAGGUCUAUCGACUGAUACUGGAUCGAGCAACAGCUUUUAUAUGGAGACGCCCGUAUGGGAUCAUUCCGCUAUGUAUUGGGAAGGAGAGUACAAUGAGGAGGGGGUCCCCUUGCAUGGAGAGGAGGGUUACUAUUAUGUCGAUGAUCAAUGGAUGAUGGGAGAUGACGAGGCUGAGGUGGACCAAGAGGGGGACGAGCAUGUCGACGAUGAAGGUAUUCCGAGUAAGAUGCCGACAGCGCUAGGGCAUGAGCGGAACGAUGCUAUCGAAGUUUGAACGUAUUGUACAUAUUGUAUAUAUUAUGGACGUCU